AUGAUGCAGCGGAUUCUUCAGGAUAUGUAUAUAGAGCCUGACCUGUUGGCUGAACUCAACGAAGAGCAGAAACAGAUCCUCUUCUACAAGAUUCGGGAGGAGCAGGUGCGACGCUGGAAUGAGAGAGAGAGGAGAGAUCCAAGUCAUGAUGUGAAGAAGAAAAGCGACCGCAGAGGCAUUCAGUGGCUUCUGGGCUCAGAUGGAGAUGUGUGGGUAUGGGUAAUGGGGGAGGCCCCGGGGGACAAGCCCUUUGAAGACAUUGUGGAAAAACUGAUGGAGGAGAGAGCCAGGAAGCAGGCCCAGAGAGAAGCACAGGAACUCCGGCGUGUGAAGGAGGCAGAGAUUGAAAAGAAGUUUCGAGAUGCCAUGGCGAAGGAAAAGGCUCGCUUCGUGGCAGAAAAAUGGAAGGAGGAGACAGAUGACAGAAAGGCAGCCAAGCAGGAAGAAGAGGAAGAUCGCAUUAGAGAGGAACUGAAGAAAUGUGAGGAGGAAGAGAGACUGAGAGGCGAGGAAGAAAUCCGCCAAACGGAAGAGAGGAGAGCAAAGGAGCUGUACAUCUCUCUGAAGCAGGAGGAAAAGAGGAGCGAGAGAGAUGACAAAGAAUGGCAGGAACAAUUGCGACGCUCCAAGGCAGCGGAUGAGGAGAUGAAGUGCAAGGCACGGCGGGCUAGAGAUGAAUACAAGCGCCAGUCUCUGCGAGCUAUCGAGAAGGGCCUGGUGGCUGGACUUAGCGGUCUGUUCCAUAAGACACACCUGAAGGGAUCAGGUCACAACCGACGGCACGGCACGGACACUGAACAUCCAUCCCUUCCAGCUGAGGCCAGCCAUUCAUCUGCAGCUAUCUGGAUUCGUCCUCCCAGGCCGAACUCUCGUGAAUCCAUCAUCCGCUGGUUUAUAGAGGAGCAGAGACCGAGACGAGCGGGAUAUGAGCGAAGUAGCAACACCAUCGCACCCUGGUUCCACGGAAUAAUAUCACGGCAGGAUUCAGAGGCUUUGCUGGUGAAUGCAGCAGAGGGCUGUUUCUUGGUCAGAGUGAGCGAGCGGAUCUGGGGCUACACGUUGUCCUACCGCACCACUUCGGGCUUCAAGCACUUCCUCAUCGACGCAUCGGGUGACUAUUACAGCUUCCUAGGUGUAGACCAGAACCGUCACGCCACCUUAGCUGACCUCAUAGACUUCCAUAAGGAGGAAGUGAUCACGACGUCUGGAGGAGAACUACUCCAGGAUCCCUGCAGGCCCAGAAGCUCCACAGCUGACUAUGGAGGGCUUUUUCAGUGAUGGUUUCUAUGGUUGUGAAUCUCAAUUUGGC